AUGGCCGAGACAGCCGAAAAGACUCAGUCUGUCUUUUGCCAAAAUACUCUAACAGCUCCUGAGAUGUAUCUGCGCCCCUUCAUACCUCGAAAAGGCACGCAGAGACACUGCGACCACCUUGACAAGCUCCAGCCCGUCAAAUGCAAGUCAAGAGAGCGGAGAAUUGAGAGCCAUGAAGUCGCUCUUUUCUUAGCAGCAGUUUUCUUAGAAGAUGCCACUCACGGGUACUGGGUGGUCGACGGACGGUCUUCCUCGGGGAAUGAAUGGACCGCAAUCGCCUGCUGUGAGACCUUUGAGCUCUUGGUACAAUGCCCACCUGGGCAAACCAUUACUCUUGGAAACUUGGACAUGGAGGUCAUCUUGCAGUCGUGCCUCGAGGAUGCAAACGGCGAUGCAUUCAUCCGGAAGCUUACCUCAACUGCAAAAUGUUGGCCCACAGGCCACGUCCGCUUCAGGUGGCUGCUGAGAGGGACGUCAGCCGAGGAGGGCCCAGCUAUGGACAGCAACACCAGCACGUCGGAUGUGCAACGAAGAAAUCCCUGCCUCGCAGUCCGCACCAUCACAAAUAAAACGCUGGACAUCUUUGAGGCAGCGAAGCCCACCUCCUGGAGGAAUCUGUGCCUCGCAGACCGCUUCGUCGCCGACACAGCGCAGGGAGUCCCUGAAAGAGCGAGCGUGUUCAUUACUCCAAUUCAAGCGACUCUCUCUCGGGUCUAA